GCAUGGUCCCCGGUUGCUUUAGCUUCAGCCGCAGCCGCAUCCGCAGCAACGGCUACAGCUGCAGCAUCAACUACGGUAGCCUCCAGUCCAGCAAUAGGGACAACCAACUCAACGCUUCGUCUCGCCGUCACAGACCUAUCUCUCUCUAUGGCUGCAGCUGCCACCGCCAACAAUGGCGUCGCCAUGGCUGCAACUGCUCGUAGACGUCCUGCCGAUUUGCUGGAUGGUCAGAUUCCUACGCUGAUCAACUGGCCAGAAGUUGGCCCAUCGAAAUCCGCUUUUCGGUCACCAGAUACUGACGAUACCAAGAGUCUGGGAUGCUCCAGUCUCCCUGGAACUGCCGCAAGUCAUAGUAGAUUUACUCCCAGCAGUGAUACUAGAAGUGUGAGAACAGCAGGUCUUCUAGGCGUUCAGGCGUCCGAACUAGUUUAUUCUGGAUUACUGUGUCAAACGAGCCAUCCUGAAGAAACAGAACACUUGGAUCAAAUCACACCGACCUACACAAGAGGCUUUUCCUUGCAAAGCCAGAGCCAGGCUUAUCCCGCACUACAGCCGGCUCAAUAUCCGAGCCUGCCAUCAUCGCAUGCCCACUUGCUAGGUCAGCAACACAUGCACCAGCAAGGUCCAAAUUAUCUACAGCAUCAGCGGACACAAAAUCAUCAGAAUCCACAUUCCCAACUGCUGCCUGGGUCAAAGAGGCUACACUUAUCCUCCAUGUGUGCCCCCAGUUUUGAGGGAAAAGUCGAGUCGAACUUCGUCGCAUCUAGGCCUGGCGAGGAAGGAUGUAAGAGGUUGGGUUGUGCAGAAAUGGACAGACUUGGACAAGGGCGGUUGCCUCCCGGUGAGGUUUCUCGCAUCAGUAAUCAGUUUGGGCAGUAUUACUUGCGUUAUCUGAAGCACCACUCUGCCAGAGCAAGCCCUCUAACCGUAAGUAAAUAUAACUUAAAUUUCCUUUCAAAGUAUAAGGCGAGGUAG